AUUUACAAACAUAUGCAUAUAUGCGUAAAAUAGUAUAUGUAAAAAUUGUGUGUAGCGCAGUGCAGCUGAAGCAAAUAAAGAAAACGCAAUUCCAAAAAUAAAGUGAUCGCCACAUUUAAAACGAAUAUUAAGUGCCGAGAGCAGCGCAGCGCAGCGCACAACAGUUGCCACACAAAGCCAGACGCUGCGUUGUCGUCGUUGUCACUGCAGUUGCAGUCGUCAGCGGGUCAGCAACGACGGCGGCCCCACCGCGGCAACAAAUCGAAGCCACACAAAUAGACUACGGAAUUGGGUUGACGCUGCCACUGCGGCUGUGGAAUAGUUGGCAUGUCCUACUUUAUGCACAGUGCCAGCAGCGAUUUGGUUAAUCUCAAUGUGGGCGGUCAACGCUUCUCGACGUCACGGCAAACACUUACAUGGAUACCGGACACAUUCUUUACGGCCCUGCUGAGUGGUCGCAUCUCGAGUCUGCGAGAUGAGCACAAUGCCAUCUUUAUUGAUCGCGAUCCGACGCUUUUCUCCAUCAUUUUAAACUACUUGCGGACGAAAGACAUUGAUAUCAAGAAUUGUGAAAUACGCGCAUUGCGCCAUGAGGCGGAGUAUUAUGGCAUCACGCCGCUGACCAAGCGUCUGGCUCUGUGCGAGGAUCUCAAUCACUCCUCGUGCGGCGAUGUGCUCUUCUAUGGCUUUCUAACAGCACCAGCCAUGCCGCCCAAUGAUGCGCUGCAGGCCACAAUGGAAGCUGCAAACAGUCCCAUGGAAUCGUAUGCUGGUUUGCCUACGUCAUCUGGCAAUGGUGCUGCUGCUGCACGACCUGGUUCCAUGGUGCGCGUGCCGGAGACAUCAUCAGCCUCGUCGCGUCACUCCUCUACGCAUUCGCGCAAUUCGUCCUGGGAUUUGCGCAGUGGCCGUGGCUCAAAUAGCGCUUCGAGCUCCAAUGCGGCACCUGUUGCGCCUCCAGCUGCCUGGAAUCCAGUUGGUGGACAUUCGCGCAACGCUUCGCUCGAUUUUAUGCGACACUCGCGCAACUCCUCGGCUGAUCUGAACAAAGUGAUACGCAACGAAGUGGGUCUGGUGUUCAGUCCCACACAGAGCUCGAAUUGGACGCCACCGCUGCGCGUGCAGAUCAUCAAGGCGCAUCAGAACUGGAUUGCCGUUGCCUAUGCGCACUUUGUCACCUGCUAUCGCGUGAAGGACUCGAAUGGCUGGCAGCAAGUGUUCACAUCGCCACACAUCGAUGCUGCCAUCGAGCGCAUUGCCAUCAACUCGAAGGUGAACACAUCCACCGCCGAGCCGAUGCCAAGUAAAAUGAUAGCCAUAUCGUAUGGCAGCCAGAUACGUUUGUGGAGCAUACAGGAGGGCGGCAACAAAUCAGAUAUUGGCACCUUCAAUCUCAAUGUGCGCGUGGAGUAUUUGUUCUUCAUUGGCAGCCAGCUGGUGGCGUUGUCCUCGUCUGGUAAAAUUGGCGUCUGGCAUGCCAUGACACAGCACUGGCAAAUACAGGAUCUGGUGCCGGUGCUUUCCUUCGACUCGGCGGGCUCCUUUCUGCUGCUGGGCUGCAACAAUGGCUCCAUUUACUACAUAGAUAUGCAAAAGUUUCCGUUGCGUAUGAAGGACAACGAUUUGCUGGUAACCGAGCUGUAUAAGGACGCCAAUAUGGAUCCCAUUACAGCAAUAUCCGUUUAUUUAACUCCGAAGACGUCGAGCAUAAGCGGCAACUGGAUAGAGAUUGCCUAUGGCACCAAAUCCGGAGCCGUGCGCAUAAUUGUACAGCAUCCGGAAACGGCCGGUCAUGGGCCACAUCUUUUCGAGACAUUCUUUGUACAUCAAAGUCCCAUUACCAAGGUCAUGCUAUCGGAGCGGUAUUUGGUAUCCGUUUGCAGCGAGUAUCAUCAUGUGCGCACCUGGAGCCUGACACGCUUUCGUGGCAUGCUCUCGACACAGCCGGGAUCCACGCCGGAGGCUUCCUUCAAGAUUGUCUCACUGGAGGCCACAGAUAGCAACUACAGCUAUGCGGCUGGCAAUGAUUUUGGACCCUAUGGCGACUACGAUGACAUGAUCUUUGUGCAGAAAGUGGUGCCCGAGACAAAUCAGUUGUAUGUGCGACAGGCUUCCAACGGUGAUCGUGUCUGUGUGAUACGCUCCGUGGAUGGCUCAACCAUAUCGGCAUUCUGUGUGCACGAGUGCGAGGUAUCGUCGCGGAUGGGCUCACGCUUCAUACUCACCGGUCACUGCAAUGGAGCCAUACAAAUGUGGGAUCUAACAACAGCACUGGCGCUGCACGCAAAGGAUGAGCCGCAGCAGAAAACCUCUGGCGGACCCGACACUAACGAGCUUCUCCGCCUACUUGACCAGUGUGAAAUCAGCAAUUCAUCAUGCUCAACACCUUGUAUGUCACCGUGUCUAUCGGCUAUGGGAGGCGGCCUGGCCACCUCUAUAGCCCGCAUGAAGGCCAGCAAUAUUGCGCUGCUGAACCGAGAUCCCGGCCAGCAACAGCAACCGCCAGUUGUCAGCCAGCCCCCGUCGUUGCCGCCUCCCACGUCGGCUUCAUCAGCUGCAUUCCUAGCCCAGGUGCAACAGCAAAUAUUGCCAGCGGCCCCACAGGCAAUGCUAAUGAUGCAGCCGCAGCAGCAACAACAGCCUGCAGCAGCAGUAGCCGUAGCCGCAGCAGGCGUGGCGGCUAUGGCACAGCCGGCCGAUGGAAACAAUGAAUGAAACGUGGAAGCGGCUGUUUCGGCGCUUGUCGGGCGCGUUUCAUCCUUUACAUUUCAUAGGUGUAGCUUGAUCUUUGAUUAUCAAUACAUAUUCCUACAGUU